CACAGUCAUGACCCUCCAACUCUGACACCCUUGGGCACACAGAUAAGCGGGCGGUGCUUGGCAGUACCAAGGUGGCUGCGGAAGGGCAGAUGACUGGAGAAAGGCACCAGGAGCAGCUAAAAGCAGAGAGGACGCCCAGAUUGACGAGUGCCCACAGGACUCUGCUGGCCUGAGAGGACCUGCUUGUCCUGAGGACGAGAUGAUGCCCGGUGUGGCUUUCAGCAUCGGGGUCCUGCUGGCCCUGGCAGGUGCCAUAGCCACGCAGGAAUGUGUUGCCCCACACAAACUGGUCUCCAAGAUGCUGCAGCGCCUGGAGGACUCUGUCAUCAUGGAGGAGCUGCCAAACCCCAGCGUCCUCCUGGCCAUGAACCUGGCUGGGGCCACCGACAGUAGUGCCUGCAAGUGGCUGCUCCAUGAUAUAAAGGAAGAUGCGGUGAAGAGAGCCCCAAAAGACAUGACCUCGGGACAGGUGGCCCUGUAUGUGCUCGCCCUCUUCUCCUCCUGCGAGGACCCCCGGCACGUCAGGGCACUGGGGCAGACCGUCAACCUGAUCGACAUCCUGCAGCAGAAAACAGAGGAGGAGCUGGCCAGCCUGGAGGAGAAGGGCGUCCCGAAGACCACCCUGUACAGCGUGAGCCUGGACACCCUGGGCCUGUGCCUGGCACGGACGGGCAGCUACCAAAAGGCAUCCGUGGCCCUGGCCAAGCAGGUGCUGAGCCCCGAGAACCAGCUCUCCGUGGACACCCGUGCCAUGGCGGUGCUGGCGCUGGCGUGCACGUACAACCAGGCAGACCCUUCUGUGAAGAACCUGCUCUGGGAGGCAGUGUCGACGGUGACCAACGGCUUCCUCAACGAGCAGAAGAAGGGGAAUGGCAUGAUUGGGAACAUCUACAGUAUGGGGCUGGCCCUGCAGGCACUGAAGGCCACGAGCAAGUUUUACGCCCCACGGAACUGGGACUGCGCCCAGGCCUUCUCCGUGGUGUACAGCCAUGACUACCGCCAGCCCAUGGCCAUCGCCCAGGUCCUGCCUGCCCUCGUGGGCAAAUCCUACUUAGAAGCGGCUAGCCUGCAGUGCACCACCAGCCCCAGUAAGUUCCCGAUCCUACAGCCAGAGCUGGGGAAAACUGGGGUUCACAGAGCAGCCCUCAUCACAGUGCAUUACUCCAUCAUCAACAAGCUGCAGGGCGAGCACUUCAAGUUCACCACCACAGUGCACGUCCUGAAAGGCUCCACACUGCUCAGGGUGCUGCAGGUGGCAGCGGCAGAGAAACCCAACGAGUUUAGCUUCCAGACAGAGCCGACAUCCUGGGGCCCCAUGGUGGUCUCCAUCCACGGGCUGGCCGCCAACCCGAAUGACAGAACCUACUGGCAAUUCCUCAGCGGUGGGAACGCCCUCCAGCAAGGGGUCGGCACCUACAAGCCGCAGAAUGGGGAGCACAUCAAGGCUGUCUUCAGCACCUACUGAAGCCACCAAGGGGUGCCUGGCCCCACCAGGCCCACCAUGAAGGCAAUAAAGAGCCAUUUGC